AUGAAGUCUGUUUGCCUUGGAAGGAUAGUCAUCGGAAUCUUGGAGAUAAUAAAGAUAAAUGGAUUUCUUCAAGAUAAUAAAGAUAAAGCUGAAAAAAGACUUUUCGCCAAUACACGAAGACUGCAGAAGAGGGGAUAUUUCGAAGAGUAUGAUCGUAUUAUUAAACGCUGGCACGAGGAAGGUAUAAUUGAAAUAGUCCCGAAUAAUAGUGAUACUGGUCACUAUUUAUCUCAUCAAACAGAAAUCAAGGAUUCCAUUCUGACUACGAAAGUGCGACUCGUAUUUGAUGCAUACUUGAAGGAUGAAAAUGGGAAUUCUUUGAACGCUUGCCUCGAAAAGGGACUGAGUUUAAUAGAAAUGCUUCCAAAACUUUUGAUGCAAUUCCGGCAGCAUGCAAUUGGUGUUACUGCCGAUACAAAGAAAGCUUUCUUACAAAUCAAUUUGUAUGCUAGAGACAGAGACUUUUUGAAAUUCCUGUGGUGUAAAGAUUAA